GCUGAUAUCAUAAUAUUAUAUACAUAAAUUUAUAUAUUAAAUACAAACUAUACAACACAUAUGUAGCUGGUAGCCCGGUAUUAUACUGUAGGAACUCUGGUAUAAAUCAGUAAAGGUGCCUAUUUGAAUAUAUAUAUUGCACGCGAUAUAAUUGAAGGCACACCCAGAGCACUUAAUUCUUAUCAAUUGCAUUCACACUGAAGUUGUGAUACUAUUUUAUUAAGCAUGACGCGAUUCGCUCGAUAUGGUCAUAAGAAGGUUAGCAAUGCUACGCCUUGGUCAGCUUUAAAGGGGGGUCAGCAGCCGGAAAAAAAUAUGACAAAGGCUGAGAGAGAUAAUAUGAGGCGGAGAGAGCGUCGACAAAAGGGAAAGCCUUGCUACAAUUGUCGCGGUAUGGGACACGCCUCUGCAAAAUGUCCGGAAAAGGUUGAAGGUGGUCAAGUUCUUUGUUACCGUUGUGGAUCCAACGAACACAAUAUCCAUGCCUGCAAAAAGAAGAUGCAACAAGGAGAGGCGGAGUUUCCGUUUGCUGUGUGCUACAUUUGCAAACAGAAAGGCCAUCUGACACGCGCCUGUCCGGACAAUCCUAAAGGCCUCUACCCCAAUGGUGGUGGUUGCAAAACAUGCCAAUCAGUCGAGCAUCUCAGUCAAAAUUGCCCAGAAAAGAACAAGAUAAGAAGUAGAAACAAUAUUCAAAUCUCGACGAUUGACGUCAAUGCGGCUGGUGACGAUGAUGAUACACACGAGGCCUUCAUGGGGAAAAAGUCAAAUGAAAAUGCUUUUGAUGAUAGUGAAGCUGAAGAAGAGGCGGUACCUGCGCCCAUCCUUACGAAAAAACCAAAGAAAAAAGUUAAGGUUGUCAAGAUGUGAAGUCAAUUGGCACGAGCAGAAAAUAAUUGAAGAAUGGUUGAAAAGUCCAUAGACACCACUAGCUAAUUGUUUAAUAAUUUGUGUUAGCCGGGUUUUGUAUGAUAGGUUGAAUGCCCUUUUCGAACACAGCUGGUCUAGCUGAAGCAGCCAGGACUUCUGUGGCACUUAACGCCUGGAAAAUAUCUGUAUCGACAAGGGUAUGAGUGUGAUAUUUCUUGAGUUGAGAAACAAUCAGGGAAAUCUAGAUGCAACGUACUGUUUUUUUACAGCAGAAUUAAGCGAGCAAAGUAAGGGUCUCGAUUGACUCUAUCCCAUCAGCGAAUGCAGCUCAACAAUCAACGCUAACAUUGACUCAAUUUAUUUCAAAUAAUUUAUACAUUAAAAAUAGACAAUUUUAGGUUUCUCAGUUAUGCGCGCUAUUGAUUGCCGAUACUUUCGGCCUUCCCUGCCGAAAUGAUAUGUAAAUUGCCAUGAAGAGUGUACCUCAAUAUUGGCGAGGCAAUAAAUGUUUGUCAAAUAGUUUGUACGUAGUCCUGUAAAUAUAAAAUGUUUGUUUGUUUUUCUCUUCUCCGUUUUACCAGUGUGGAAUCACAAUCACACGCGUUUGUGCAAGUAUUUUUUAGGUACCGGGGGCCUCUUCUCUUGAGAGACGGCGUCGCCUACUAUCCUGACUACUCACACGUCCCACGUGAUUUCAGUAGUGUAUACAUACGUAGGCUGAUCUCACCCUCGAACGCCUAUUUAUACACCGACAUCAACAUCGCCGGUGGGCAUCUUGCCCAUGUCGUCUGUGACGUCACCAGCACUCCAACCUCCAUUCUCGUACAUGCUGGUUCUUUUUGACUUCCUAGGUCUGCCUUUGGCCGGCUUUCGUUGCCGCUUGAUCACUACAGUCACACAAACAGCGACCACUAACGUAAGCAUUACAAGUCCUAUAAAUACUCCGAUUAGGAGUCCUACACUAACCGCGGAGCCCGAGUCAUCGUCGAGCGCCUGCCCUUGGGGGGCGCUACCAUUCGAUGCCACCGUGGUUCCAACCCCCUGAGAGCUUCCAAAUGAGUCCCCAUUCCGUGAUAUGUACUCACUGAUAUCUUUGUCUGUGUAUAAGGGGGAACCUGCAUCUUGCUCUGUACAUAUGCCAUCGUACCAUACUGCCAAACGCGGAAAGUGUUUCGUACAGGCCGCCAUCCUUAAGUCGCAUUCGUUAAUGUACGACCGUCCAUCUGUGCCACACACAACUGCAAAGAUCGUAUCGUCACACUUCUCGGGACAUGUUGUUGUGGUUCGCACAGUAUCGCCAUCAAAUCGCUUGCCUAUUUGUUUGAGUCUCUCAAGUUGUUCAUCAAUACUUCCUCCUCCGAGAUAGUCUGCGCAUGUUCUUUCCGCUAGUAUGGUCAAUUUACCACCCGAUGUACACGCUGCAGCCUCCAUUCUACAUCUGCUCCCGUAUGUUUCUAAAUUGCUGGCACAAACAGGGGCAUAAUCUUGCAUGCACAUGUCGUUGCAGACCAGAGUUUCAGUACAAGGACCUUCAUAGUGCAUUGCGACCGACAACCCAAGCGAUCGAAGUCUGUCGGCAUCGCGAUCUAGUAAACAUUUGUUAUCGUACGUGACUCCACUAUCGGCACAAAUAGGUUCAGAUUCCUCAAACUCACAUCCCGUUGAAGGUUGGACAGCUUCACGCCUUCUGUCUACUACGCACCCGUGAGCUGAUUGUGCAAAACCCGUCCUGCAUAGAGCGCUAACAGCAGCCACGUGGUAUAGGGAAAUUAGCACCAAAUAUUUCGACAUGGCAUUCUAUGAACGCAGUUGCUAAAUAUUAAAUUUGAUCCUUACUUCGUGAAAGUGAAUAACACGUCUAAAAGCUUUAUUAUUUUGUAAAUACAAAG